AUAAAAUCCCCCUUUCCGUAAUAUGGUAUACUCCUCCUGAACAGCUGAUUCGGGUCAAAGGUGAGGAGCAGCAUGGCCGUCCGUGUGCGGAUGAAAUGGUGAAGAACACGUAUUUACGUCUCCAGGGUGACAUACAGGACAAGUAGAAGGUAUAGAAACACAGGAAAGCGUACAAAGCUAGUAUCCGGAUGCCUUGUUGUGGACCAUCCCAUCUCAAGCUUGGUCUCAGCGUUCACCAUGCGGUUAUUAGUUUCUACCAUCAGACAAGCAUACUUCUUGCCUAAAAGAUACUUCUAUGGUGCCGCAUUUUCCCAUGGCUGUGUGCUACGUGUGUCUACUUUACAUGUGACCACUAGUAGUAGUACUAUCCAUAGCCCAUCCAGGGGGCUGUCUGCACAGACGGGCCAUGGGCCACGUGGCAAGGAGAAAGAAACCUUCUUAAGAAAACUCGCAAAGAUUAGACAAAAGAUUGAGGAGGAAGAAAAGACCUUUGGCAAGAUUGUGUUUGAGUCCAAAGUUGUGCCAGUACUCAUGGCAGGCAAGAUCGGCCUCUACGGCAUGAGUGUGAUCACUAUGGUGUCACUGUUCACCAAUGGAGUUCACCAGUAUGCUGAGCUCAGUAAUGCAAUGUUCACAGUGGCUAUGGCUGGCACGAUAGCAAUCAUCUUAGCCAUCCCCUGGUCAGUAGACAAGCUGACCUCCCGGUUUGUUCUGAGGCUGUACUACAGGCAGGACCAGAACUUGUACACCGCCAUCAAGUUCAACAAGGGGAUUGGAGACAGAAGGUUUCAGUUCACACCUGAACAGAUCACACCUGUCGAUGAAAGGAUCAGGAAAACCCUGAAGGGGAAGUUCACCUCAUUUUACCUGGACAAGGAACCCAUGUAUGUCAACAAGCUGUGGUUUGAGGUUCCCAAGUACUAUAACCAUCUCAUGGGCUAUGAAAAUAUGUUGGCAAAACCCAAACCUGAAACUAAGUUUUGGAGAAAGAAUCUUAUUCAGAAGUGAUAGACUCCUCUGUGUGCUUUGACUUCUCUACUUCUGUAUUUGCACCAGUUAAUCACUUCAAACUUAUUAACUGUUUCUCCCAGACUAGAUAUACAUGAAGUCCAAUAGAUAAUCAUACAGUGUUACUGACUUGUCAAGUACAUAGAUGUUGGAAUCUAGUUUAUGUAGUUUAUAUAAUUAGAUAUAGAAAUAUGAGAAAAGAUAUUGAACAUCAUAUGAUGCUACACUGGGCAUAUGGUGAGUUCAGAGACAUGUAGGAAUUGGUAGUUGCCUUUCACAAAAAAAGAAAGACUUUUAUUUGGUGGUAUGGGCAGUUUUGUGUGUAAGCUGCUUCUGGCUUAGUGUAAAAUGCUGAAAUAAAGAUUCCCUUGCUGCA